GAACCGUGUGCUUCGUGACGUCCCAAGAUCAGAGAAACAUGGCGGCGGCAGUCAGGAUGGCGAACGGAGUUCUCUGUUCAAGCACCGUGUUUUUAUUAGUUUUUCUAACUACUAUCAGUCCAAUCUUUGGGGUCCCAGAGACCGGGUUGUGGAGGCUCACCGUUGUAAAUACCUCAAGACCGUUGCUGUUAAAGAAAUCUAUGUACAAAGACACUGACAUUGAAUUAAAAGUUGUGUCCGUCAGCUGUCCUGAUGAAGUGACAUUCACUAUUCACUGGUAUUUGAAAUACUAUCCCUGUCACAACGAAUUCAACAAUGUCGAAGAAAUGUAUGAGAGACUCCCUCUGAUUCGUGGGAACAGCCUGGAUCCAAAUCCCAGUGGACAAGGAGAGUAUAUUGAACAUGAGCACAGACCUAUCACGUGUAACAGCAAUCAGCGUUCCUUUGACAUGCUCAAUAAAGCCAAAGCAAAACCCCGCCCACUUCCUGUUGAUGGCAAAGUGCUGGAUGAAAAAUCUGACAAAUGGCUUAAAGAGGAGUAUAACAGCAGUCUAAAGAACAAUGUGAAUGUGAAAAGCAUCAUAGCCACCACAUGGAAGGACGGGCCAUACUUGCUGAUUGUACAAAUUGUGGAUGACAAACAAAAUACCAACUGGAAUUUAACAGUAAAUGUCAUAAUGAAAGGAACCCAUGGCUACAUUUCAAUCACAGAAUGGCCUCUUAUGAUUUUCUACAUGGUGAUGUGCAUUGUGUACAUAGUGUUUGGCCUGAUGUGGUUUAUGUGGGCAGCCUGCUACUGGAAAGACCUGCUGAGAAUCCAGUUCUGGAUUGCAGGGGUGAUAUUCCUGGGAAUGGUGGAAAUGGCAGUCUUCUGUGCUGAAUAUGAAAACACCAACGCUGUUGGUUCUGCCUCUCUGGGCUUACUGAUCUUUGCAGAGUUUAUUUCUGCCCUCAAAAGGACCUUGGCUAGGUUACUUGUCAUCAUCGUCAGCCUUGGUUAUGGUAUUGUGAAACCUCGACUGGGGGCUGUGAUGCACAGAGUGGUGGGGCUUGGUAUUCUCUACUUUGUCUUUGCAAGCAUUGAAGGUGUCCUAAGAAUUACUGGGGGUCGAGACCAAGGCCCAGCUCUCAUUACAGCGAUUAUUCUGGCUGUAUUUGACUCCUGCUGCAUCUGGUUCAUAUUUGUCAGUCUGGCACAAACCAUUAAGAUGCUAAAACUGAGGAGAAACCCCAUCAAGUUGUCUCUUUACAGGCACUUCACAAACACACUUGUAUUUGCUGUACUUGCAUCGAUCAUUUUCAUGGGUUGGACUACAAAAAAGUUUCGGCUCGCAAGUUGCCAGUCUGAUUGGGUUGAGCUGUGGGUGGAUGACGCUUUCUGGAGCUUCUUGUUCUCUGUCAUUCUGCUUGUCAUAAUGUUUUUAUGGAGACCAUCAGCUAACAACCAAAGAUAUGCAUACACUCCUCUCAUUGAUGACUCUGAUGAUGAUGAGGAGAUCGAAGAAUUUCUUGCUGCAAAUAUGGCAGAUGGCAUAAAGUUGAGAGCGUCUAAAAAUGAGACAAACGGCACUUUGAAGCCCGCGGAAACAAACCAAGUAAAUGUCACAACUAUUAACUUGGAUGCUGACUUGAAGUGGGUGGAGGAUAAUAUUCCAAGCUCUCUCACUGAUGUGGCUCUACCAGUCCUGCUAGACUCAGAGGAGGAAAUCAUGACUACAAAGUAUGAGAUGUCAAAGAUGGACUGAGACCAUCUCUUAUUCUGGAGGAAAAUUCAGCAGCUGUUUCUGAAUGUGUAUUGGUCAGCUCUUGCAGACGUACAUCUGGUGGCGGCACGGCACUCACUUUUCAGGGAAUCCCCCCGUAACGCUACAAUGUCAGUGUUCUACGCCAGUGUGCAACCAGUUUGAAAGACCGUGUUGCUUCUUUGAUAGACCUUUCAAGAAUAUGUAUUUCAUUUCAGCCUUCCAAAGAGAGUGUUUAAUUUUAUACCAAGCACUGUAUUUAUUUUGUUUAAAUGAAUUUGUCUUUUAAAGCAGUGAAAAACAGUGGGCCUCAUGCAGGAACACACUCUGGCAGAGUCACUGAACGGAGCAGUAGCAGUUGUAGUCACAUUUUAUCGGUUGUAAUGGAAUGAGUUGUUUGUUCUAAUAAUUAACACAUAUAAUGACUCUUUUCAAAGUAAUGAGAAUCUUUAAAUUUGUGACCCAAAUCCAAAACAUUGGGGUGAUAGGAAAACAAAAAAACUGCAGUGAUUCUUGCAUCUAAUUUCACUUCUUUUUCAUUGCAGGCAGUAUGCAUUCAAAAUAUUUAAUGUUUUAUGUGGUCAGCUUAAUUGAAUUUAAUAUACAUUCAUUCCUGCAUUUAAUUCCUGCAACACAUUCCAAAAACGUUGGGAGGCUAAAUAAUUUACUACUUUGAACUGUUUCCAUUCCUUCUCACAGUACUUAAGAUAUUUUUGGCUUUGAGGAUACUAAUCAGUGUAGCGUGUCAGGUGUUAUUUUGUACCAUUCCUGCGUGUUAAGGUUUGCAACAGUAUGGAGUCAUUUAAAAAUUCUCCACACAUUCUCUAUCUCACAGUUGCUAGCAUAAAUGCUAGGUGGGUGGAGCAUAGCAACA